CACUCUAUAGGAGUGGUUGCGGUUAAACGAGGACUUUGGUGGCCAGCUUUUGUGUUUUGAGCAAAAACUAAAGAAGAUAGAGAGAAACUUAACAGAAUAAAUGAUCAGCAAUACAAGAUCAACAAAACAGAGAUUUUUGUUAUGAACUCUAUUUUUGUCUACAAUGUUGAAUAUGCACCUAGACCAAGGUGAGUGACACAGGCUCUUUACAGCCUCUAGUUUUAAAUAACCAUAGGUAAGGAUCUUACCUAUGAGGAAUCAAAAACAAUUAGAAUAGAGUAGGUUGAGAAAAUAGACAUAUAUUAAUAACAAGGAACUGUAGCUAAUUGAUAAUUGUAGGAUGUGAAAUGUAGUGGAAACUGGAUGUGGCCAGCGAAGUUACCAGGUGAAGGGGCAGCAUUACUGGAUGCCUGUACAGCCAUGUGUAAUGUCAUGAAGAAACUUGGUAUUGCUGUUGACGGAGGCAAAGAUUCACUCAGUAUGGCAGCCAGGGUUGGGGAUGAAACUGUUAAAGCACCUGGUACUUUGGUUAUAUCGGUAUAUGCUGGAUGUCCAGAUAUAACGGCCACUGUUACACCAGAUCUUAAAUGUCCAGACGGUCAAGGCAGUUUACUGUACAUAGAUUUGAGUUGUGGCAAACAUAGGUUAGGAGGAUCUUCAUUAGCUCAUUGUUAUGGUCAGUUAGGGAACAUCUCACCUGACCUUGAUGACCCUGAUAUGUUUGUUAGUGCCUUCAAUCUCACACAGAGACUUAUAAAAGACAGGAAGUUGGUUUCUGGCCAUGAUAUAAGUGACGGAGGAUUGAUAACAUGUCUUUUAGAGAUGUCCUUUGCUGGUAACUGUGGACUAGACAUUGAUAUUUCUUGUGAUUCAGAUGUGCCAUUCAUUGAUUUGUUGUUUGCUGAAGAACUGGGUUUUGUAUUUGAAGUAUCAGAGAAUAAUGAACAGGAUGUUUUAGGUGCCUUUUCUGCAGUAAAUAUUCCAUGCUUUUUUAUUGGACAUUCCACAAAAGAUACCAAAAAGAUAAAUAUAUCGGUAAAUACACAGGAGAUAUUGCAUGAAGACAUGACAUUUCUCAGAGAUAUUUGGGAAGAAACCAGCUUUCAAUUAGAGCGUUUUCAAACAGACUACCAGUGUGUACAGCAGGAACAGCAAGGAUUGAAAGAGAGACUAGAGCCUCCUUAUCAUAUACCGUUUGAAUCAGAAAUCAUCAGUUUUGUUCCCAGAGGUAGACCACCAAGUAUACCACCAAUCAAGGUAGCAGUUUUACGUGAGGAGGGUAGUAAUAGUGACAGAGAAAUGGCUGCUGUAUUACACAUGGCAGGCUUUGAAGUUUGGGAUGUCAACAUGCAGGAUAUGUGUUCAGGAAAGAUAACUCUUGAUCAGUUUCGUGGAGUUGUUUUUGUUGGUGGAUUUAGUUAUGGUGAUGUAUGUGGGUCUGCUAAAGGCUGGGCAGCAUCAAUUUUAUUUAACCAGAACAUCAGAGAACAGUUUCUAAAGUUCAGGAAUAGGCCGGACACUUUCAGUUUAGGAGUUUGUAAUGGAUGCCAGUUAAUGGGUUUACUUGAUUGGGUAGCCCAAGAUGAAGAUCAAAAAGAAAAUGUUUCUAGUGGAGUAGGCCAAGGUGUAUUUUUAGACCAUAACGACUCUGGCAGAUUUGAGUGUAGAUUUGUAACUGUGAGAGUUCAAUCCAGUACAUCUAUCAUGUUCCGUGGUAUGGAGGGUACAGUGUUUGGUAUGUGGAGUGCCCAUGGAGAAGGUAAAAUGAUAUUUAAAACCCCUGACAUCCAAAAUGAUGUGUUACGAAUGAACUUGGCUCCUGUCCGAUAUGUUGACGAUUCUGGAAAUCCAACCAUUGUUUAUCCUUUCAAUCCUAACGGAUCACCAGAUGGAAUUGCUGCUCUCUGUUCAGAGGAUGGUCGUCACUUAGCCAUUAUGCCUCACCCUGAAAGGUGUUUCUUGCCAUGGCAGUGCCCUUGGAUGCCCUUUGGAAUGAAGGAGAAAUUAGAUGUGUCUCCAUGGUAUAAAAUGUUCCAGAAUGCUUUUGACUGGUGUGUUGAACAAGUUUAAUAUAUAUGGUUGUGUUAAAUGUAGAUUUUUAUGAGCAUUUUUAUCUGAAUGAAUUAUUGAAAAUCUUAUUGUUGAUAAAGUGUUAAUUGCAUGGUUGACUGAAUCUCAUUAUAAAGUUAUUGGUCUGAAUGAUCAGUGCACAGUAAACUCCACCAUUAUACGUAUCACUGAUACACGAAAAUAGUUUUGGUGAAAUAUUAAAUAUAAUAUUGAGCGACAUCAAAGUUCAAAGUUGAAUUUAUAUGAUUAAAGAAAGCACAAAGCAUACCAUAUGUUUCUGGACUUUAACUCUUGUAUUUUUGUUUUGUUUUACAAAAACAAUAAAAAUUACAAAUUGUUAUGAAAUAGUUUAAGACAAAUUUACAAUAUCAAGUAAGUCCCUGUGUAAUAGAAGCACGAUACAGCAUGUUUUUAUUUGAUGUAGUAUUGAAAUUUUCACCAAAUAUAUUUUCCUGAAAAUGUGGGAGAGACAUAACAUAGCAUUUUUAAAAAAGGAGUUUGUAUUAUAAAAAUCAAUGAAAUCCUCAGAAAGUUGUUUCAUAUACUUCAAAUUAGUUAUUGUAAAAAAAGUAAUAGAUUAUCUUCAUGUAAAUUAGUCAGAAAAUAAUUUAAAAUCAACAACAUGAAGUUAAUUUGAACAAAUAUUUUAUUGACAUGAAAUUAUUCUUUACAAAAAAAACAAAAAAAAGACAAAUGAUGAAGGUUAUUUCUGACAAAGCAACUGACUAAUAUAUAACGUUUGAAUGUUUUUCAGAUAGUAUAGUUCUCCUUCACCCCUAAUCAGAACUUUCCCAAAAUAUUCACCAAACAAUGCCAUUUAACACCACAUAGUUUGUUCUGUUUUCUUUAGAUAAUCAUGGAAUGUGCCUUUGUAUAUCUUGUUUGUGUGUGGGUACCUAUUUUGUAUCUGUUACUCCUCAUUAACCCCUUAUUAGAAACUUUCUCUUGGGGCUUUGUUCAGCUUUCUUAUUAUGGUUGCAGCAAUGGAGGAUUUAGGAAACAAAAGGCUUGCUAUCUGUCCAUACAUUUUUUUCUUAAAUAAUCCUUAUUAGAAAAAAAUGUAUUGGUCCAAAGGUGAUAUGUCAUGGAUAUAUAAUACAAUGAUCUCAAAAAAUGGAUCUCAAUUUAUUUUUCUGCCUUGAUGAAAUGGAUAAAUUACAUUGAAAUCAUUUAGAUUGGUAUUUAGUUUAUUGUUUAAAAUAACUAUUAUGAGGUAUUAAUUCUACCUUUGUGCCAUUUAUAAAAUGUAUCUAGUUUAUUGUUAGAAAUUUUGCUAGUGUUUUACUCUAUAUCCUUUUCACCAUUGUGCCUUCUCUAAGUGGAACAUCAGGGUUUUUCUUUAAAAAAAACAUUAUCACAAGUGAGUUAUUUAUAAAGAUAGUUCCUCAAUUCUUUAAACAUGGAAUACCAUUAUUAGAAAGGCAAGUACAGACACAAUUUAUUCUGUAAUAUACAGCCACUAUGAAAUAUACAGCCUCUACUAACAUCAGUGAUGAAACUUUUCCAUAUUACUAACAUUCUAAUAUAUUAUAUUUAAACAAUGUCAUAUUAUUUACUGUAAUUCAUGUACAGGUUUAAAGGCAUGAUAUAUAUAACUCUAAAUAGAGCAAUUGAGAUAAAAAAUAGUCUUAGCAAAUCAAGGCAAAUUAUAUAUAAUAAUGUGGUCAUUAAUACAUUUGAGAUUCGUUUUGUUCUAGGGUAUAUUUUCGAUAAUUAUUUUAUUAAACUUAUAAAAU